GAUCCGAUUCCAAGCCACCCAAAGCUCUUCCCAUCAUCAAUCCACGACCUCUGCAUCGUCCUAAACCAUCAGGAUUUGAGAAAGAUCGAUCCAAUGCAGCCGAUAUUUACCAUUACGAAGGCCAACAAAGAUCAAAGGACGCACUUUUGACCUUGGUGGCGGAGGCUGCAAAGGAACAAGACUCAUCCAGUACCAAACUUCAGAUCUGGUGAUGCUUCAAUGCUGCUUUGGAGAACGCAUGAAUCUGACAUGGUCUAUAUCAUGCUCCUGGUAAGUCUUACAUCAGGGGCCAGUGCCCUAUUAAUCACGUUGUAGUGUGGGCAUGUCGCUUUAACCAGAAGAAAACAGGGAGAGGCAGUGAUGGUGAUGACAGAGAGAUGUGUGUGCGUGUGCAAGGAAGCAACUUGGUCCCGGAAUCACUAGUUAACAAUGGCGCUGUUUGGAGCUCGGAACCUUUCUUUACGCUAAACAACCGUUGUUAUAGCUAUCUUAAAUAGUAACCCAAUCCCACCUUCACUACCGAGGGGUUCUGUUCGAGAAAGAGAAACGAAGAGGAGGGGAGCAAACCGAAGGUGAGAGAUGCCAAUGGUGAUCUAGGGUCUGGGAAUCGUUCCUCUUCUCUCCUUCGUGGAUCUACGAUCUCGUAUUGAAGAAAAAGAUGGGCCUUUGCCACGGGAAGCCUGCGUCCGCGGAGUCUUGCGACCCUUUCUCGUCUCCGUCGCACGAGAAGAAGAAAGAGGAGGCGACGAAGAAGGAAACUGAGGCGGAGGCCGGGGCGACGGUGACGGAGGAGAAGGCACCCAGGCCAUGGGCUUCCCCUUUCUUCCCUUUUUAUAGCCCCAGCCCUGCCCAUAGUCUGUUCGCCAAGAGAUCCCCCUCCGCUGCCUCCCAAGGCGGUGGGUCGGCCACCUCCACUCCGGGGAGGUUCUUCAAGCGGCCGUUCCCGCCGCCGUCGCCAGCGAAGCACAUCCGGGCGGUCCUCGCACGGCGGCUGGGGUCGGUGAAGCCGAACGAGGCGGCCAUCCCGGCGGACGAUAGGGAGGAGAGGCGUGCUGCGGCUGGGCUGGAUAAGAACUUCGGGUUCUCUAAGGGGUUCGCCAGCAAGUACGAGAUUGGGGAGGAGGUCGGGCGGGGACAUUUCGGGUACACGUGCACGGCGAAGGUCAAGAAGGGCGAGAGCAAGGGGCAGCAGGUGGCGGUCAAGGUCAUCCCGAAGGCUAAGAUGACUACUGCCAUUGCUACUGAGGAUGCCAGAAGAGAGGUAAAGAUUUUGAGAGCUUUGACAGGACAUAACAACCUAGUUCACUUUUAUGAUGCCUAUGAAGAUAAUGACAACGUCUACAUAAUAAUGGAGUUAUGUGAAGGAGGAGAAUUGUUGGAUAGAAUUCUUUCCAGGGGAGGCACAUACUCGGAGAAUGAUGCAAAGGCUGUCAUGUUACAGAUAUUGAAUGUAGUUGCAUUUUGCCAUCUCCAAGGAGUGGUUCAUCGUGAUCUGAAACCAGAGAACUUUCUUUUUACUUCAAAGGAUGAGAAUUCCCAGCUGAAGGCUAUAGAUUUUGGCUUAUCAGAUUUUGUAAAGCCAGAUGAAAGGUUGAAUGACAUUGUAGGAAGUGCAUAUUAUGUUGCACCUGAAGUUCUACAUCGAUCUUACAGCACAGAAGCUGAUGUGUGGAGUAUUGGUGUAAUUGCAUAUAUUCUUCUCUGUGGAAGUCGCCCCUUUUGGGCUCGAACUGAGUCUGGCAUCUUUAAGGCAGUCUUGAAAGCUGAUCCAAGUUUUACAGAGCCACCUUGGCCUUCUAUGUCUCCUGAGGCAAAAGAUUUUGUCAAGCGCUUGUUGAGUAAAGAUCCACGUAGAAGAAUGACCGCUGCACAAGCUUUGUGCCAUCCUUGGAUUAGAAAUUACAAUGAUAUCAAAGUUCCUCUAGAUAUCCUUGUAUUUCGAUUAAUUAAAUCUUACCUCCGCUCAUCAUCUCUGCGGAAGGCUGCUUUAAGGGCUUUGUCAAAGACAUUGACAGUGGAUGAACUGUUUUACCUGAAGAGACAGUUUGCUCUAUUGGAACCUACGAAACAUGGGUGCAUAAAUCUUGAAAAUAUCAAGAUGGCCUUGAUGAAAAAUGUGACUGAUCAAAUGAAGGAAUUGCAUGUCCAGGAUAUUCUUGUCUCGCUCGGUGCUCUACAAUACAGAAGAAUGGAUUUCGAUGAGUUCUGUGCAGCAACAUUAAGUGUGCAUCAGCUUGAAGGUCUAGAUAGAUGGGAGCAACAUGCCCGAUGUGCUUAUGAGCUUUUCGAGAAAGAUGGCAAUCGAGCUAUUGUAAUCGAGGAACUGGCUUCGGAACUCGGCCUCAGCCCUUCUGUACCUGUACACGUGGUUCUGCGUGACUGGAUAAGACACACAGAUGGGAAGCUGAGCUUCCUCGGAUUCGUUAAGUUGUUGCAUGGUGUGUCUAGUCGAUCGGCCCAAUCACUUGCAAAGGCACGAUAGAUGUUGCUUACGCCUCUUUGAUCAGUUCACGAGCCAUCAGUUUGGCUUGGAUGGAUGAUUAGCUAUAGAUGUCCGGUGCCAAGUUGUUUUGGUAGAAGUGCUUUCAGGACACUGCAGUAGCAGAUGAACUCAAAAAGUGAUUGGGGAUAAGGUCCUCUCGGCAAAAGUCUGGAACCUACUCGAUGUCUUCCAAUCCCAUAGUCAUGGAGGAAUCAGAUCAAUCCAAUCCUGUGGUCUGUAAUCUCAUUCCAAUGUAAAAAGGUCAUGAGCAUUGUUGCUGUUGUAGCACUGGUUAAACUUGGCGAGCUCAUAGUACUUUUUAAGUUGCGGUAGGUCAGAUCUUCACCAGUAAAAUUGUGCCGUGAAUUCAAAUUAGGCUACUGAGUGGGGAAAAAAGGUCAAACUGCUGUUUUCUAAUGCCAGCGUCGAGGUCUCGAGUUAAGGUGAAGAAAAUGGUUUCUUUGUGUGUAGCCACUGCUUCAGUUUUAACUACUACGCACGCACUUUGCAUUACAUCUUUGUAUUAUACUUGAGAAGAACCAUCAUGAACAAUCUCUCUUGGUAGAAAAAUGAGUGUUGUUUGUCAUUUCUCCUCGUUCUGCAGUCGGUCUGUUGGUCGCUCGCCUGUGAGUACUGUACUUACUAUUGGAAUCUAUUGUAAGCUGUUGUUAAUUA